AUGGCGUCGACACGCGUUGCGAGAACAUUCAAUGCCGGUGAGUUCUUUCUUCGACACCGCAUCUUAGCUCCAGGAAUAGGCCCUGGACCCCGUCGCGGCGCGCACCAAAGGGAACGACCGCUCGGAGUGUUGUCUCCAACCGACGUCCGCGGCUGCUCGACGCGUCGUGGGCGGUUGGCGGGUCGGGACCGCUUCUUGUAA